GCUUGUCAUGUCAACGUUUGCGACGUUUGUCUUUUGGCAGCCCUUUUCGGAUAGGGAAGAAAAGUUGCCGUAGGAAAAAAAGGAAAGACCAACAGCAGCAACAGCAGCGCGCAGCAAACGGGGACGGCGAAGUAGCAAAAGGUCGGUCGAAAAGAUAGCAAAACGGCGAGCAGAAGGUGAACAGAAACGCCACCAGUCCCUACGUUUGCAACGACGGCAACCAGCAGAAUGACGCUGCCGAGCAGUGCGCGGGUGUACGCGGAUGUAAAUUCGCAUAAACCACGUGAAUAUUGGGACUACGAGAACUACAUCGUCGACUGGGUGAACCAGGAUGACUACCAGCUAGUGCGGAAGCUGGGCCGGGGCAAGUACAGCGAGGUGUUCGAGGCGAUCAAAAUGACGAGCAACGAGAAGUGCGUGGUGAAGAUUCUGAAGCCGGUCAAGAAGAAAAAGAUCAAGCGCGAGAUCAAGAUCCUGGAGAAUCUGCGGGGCGGCACCAACAUCAUCACGCUGCUGGCGGUGGUGAAGGAUCCGGUCUCCCGCACGCCGGCCCUCAUCUUCGAGCAUGUGAACAACACGGACUUCAAGCAGCUGUACCAAACGCUCAGCGAUUACGACAUCCGGUACUAUCUGUACGAGCUGCUGAAGGCGCUCGACUACUGCCACAGCCUGGGCAUCAUGCACCGUGACGUGAAGCCACACAACGUGAUGAUCGAUCACGAGAACCGCAAGCUGCGCCUGAUCGACUGGGGCCUGGCCGAGUUCUACCAUCCGGGGCAGGAGUACAACGUGCGGGUCGCGAGCCGCUACUUCAAGGGGCCGGAGCUGCUGGUCGACUACCAGAUGUACGACUACUCGCUCGAUAUGUGGUCGCUGGGGUGCAUGCUCGCGUCGAUGAUCUUCCGCAAGGAGCCGUUCUUCCACGGCCACGACAACUACGACCAGCUCGUGCGCAUCGCGAAGGUGCUCGGCACCGAGGACCUGUUCGCCUAUCUGGACAAAUACAACAUCGAGCUCGAUCCGCGCUUCAACGACAUCCUGUCGCGCCACUCGCGCAAGCGAUGGGAGCGCUUCGUCCACUCGGAGAACCAGCACCUGGUGUCGCCCGAGGGGCUCGACUUUCUCGACAAGCUGCUGCGCUACGACCACUUCGAGCGCCUGACCGCGCGGGAGGCCAUGGAGCAUCCGUACUUUGCCAUCAUCGUCAACGGGCAGAUGCCGCCACCGCCGACCUCCUCCGCCAAGGGCGGCACCAACUAAACAUGCGCCCUGCCCUCCUCCGUCAUGCCCGUCCACACCACCACCACCACCUUGUCUGCCGCCGCCCUGUCCUUGCGCACCAACGUACCGCAGCGAGGAGGGAGCAAGCAUUUCCACCUCGGACAGCAGUGGAGUAGCAGCAGCAGCAACGGGUGGAUAAGAUGCAGCCGACGCCACCCCACUCCGUUCGGUGUGCCCGUCUCCCUUCCUUUCGCCGCCCUCGGUGGAGGAUCGCGCCUGGCACGGAUGCUGCUGGGAGGAUGUGGUGCGUACGCGGCGCUGCUAACCAUUCACACCUGGGACGGAACGAGAACGACGACGAUGGUGCGUGCUUGUCGGCCAGACAUGACCGAGCGCCGGGGAGGUGUCGAGCGAAAAUGAAGAGUAAGUAGCGCGCUUAAAACGAGUAAGGUUUUGACGGAACGGGCGUGAGAGCGGGAACGCGGGAGCUUUGGAUGCCGUUCUUUCCCAUUCCGGAUUGAGUGCGUGUUCAUUGCCGUGCGCUUUCGCAGAGAGUGAAGAAGAAAAACGAAUAAUCGGCAUAUUGAUAAACACAGAAAAAGAAA